UUUGUCAAUAUUCAUUCAGUUUGAAUGGCUUCGUUAUAUUGAAAUGAUAAGGUUUCAAACUCAGUGCAACGUGCUUCCUUCUAAUCUUAUCUAUAUGAGUAAGGCGUAAGAUUGAUUGACUCAUUGAUCAGUCAUCAUUGCAUAGUUAUAGUAUAACAUUGUAUUAGGUUAUUUUUCGAUCAUGUCAGAAGGCAGGAUAAACGAAACCAUUGAGUUUUUACCUUUACGUAGAAAUUUUCAAAGCGAUAUAAGUAUAGGCAGAUUUUCAGAACGUAGCCUACAUGGAACUUAUUUAGAUAAUAAAUCUUGUUGGAACACGUGCAACGACUGCAUGGCCAGAGUACCUUAUGCAACUAUUAUAGCGACCAUUAUGUGUUGCUUGGGAGUUGGCAUAUUUUGUGGCACCAUGCACAAAGGGGUUACGAUAUGCUCUUAUAUGAUGAAUCAGGUAUUUCAUAUAAGACUUGGCUGGUUGGAAGCCUUACAAUUGGUUUUUACUAUUAUUGGAGCUAGCAUGGCUGCUUUAGGUUUUAUGAUUUUAUGCGUUGGUUGUUUUGCGACAGGAGCAACCAGACAUAAAGUAUAUAGAGCAUGGCGAUCUAGAGUAGGAGGUCGUAUCUCUUGUGCCGUUUUCAUGACAAUAACAUAUGUAUCGCAAUUGAUUUGGCUUGUAAUAUUCGCAAUUUUAGUUAUAAUCACCCUGCUGUUUACUAUAUUUUGGGGAUUGUGUAGUAAUCCUCGUGUUCAAUCUCUUAAUCAAUGCAUCGAUUUUACUCAAUUUAGUUUCGUAUUCCCAAAUAAUACAAGAGUGGAAGACAUGAAAGUAUGCGGAUCCCAAGUGAAACUCUUUUGUAAAGAUUUUGUACAAAAUGCAGAAGUUAUGUUUAUUUUAGCAACGGUUGCUGCCAUUUUGGCUAUUCUAAGCUUGACGCAUUACCUUAUGUGUUUAUCUGCUAAUUACGCACACAUUCGUGAUCAUGAAAAAUUCCAAGAAUUACAAGAACUUCAAUAUCUUCAAGAUCCUGGUGAUCCAGACUCUCCGCAACCUGGAAUGGGAACUUUGAGCUCUCAUCAUCAUGCUAAAGAUAGAUUCUAGGAUACAGCCCGCGAGAUCUUUGCUAUGAAUCCAUUAUAACGUUGACUGCUUCCAUCGAUAGGAGCUAUGAAAGUUAAGAACUGGAUAUGCUACUGGACCAACAACUUUAUUCUAUUAUUUUUUCAUUGUAUGUACCUAUAACUCAGUAUUCUACUUAUCAACAAUUAGUCGCAGUAGUCUACUGAUUCAGAGGAUCUUGCGGGAAUACUCUAUGCCGUCCAUUUAUCUGCGACUGUCUUGUAAGCAUUUACAUUCCUUUAUGUUAAAGAGUUUCUUUUUUUUUUUUUUUUUUUUAUUCUAUAUACAAAUUUUAAUC